CGCUAAGAUUCAGAUCAUCGUCCCUGCUUAUCUCGGCCAGCAUUACAUAAUCAGUUCACCAACUGUUCGAGCAUGGACGAUUUCGACUCUUUUGCUGCAGAUGAAGAUGGUGCCUCCACGUCGCAAUCAGCUGUCGAAACUAGGCAGAACGGUCAUGUCCCAUCUGGAAUUACGCUUGUCUUGCCCUCGCUCAAAGCUAUCAAAGCUGCGAAGAUGGGUAAGAAGUCAAAACUGAAAAACCUUAGUUCCACGCAGGAUACAGAGGCGAAGAAAGCGCCAAGGCCUAUGAAGCUCAAACCAUUGAAGGAGGUAUUGAUGAAGCUAAUUGUGCAGUUGAAGAAGAAAGAUGAUUAUGCUUUUUUUAUUUCCCCUGUGGAUCCAUCACGAGUUCAAGGAUACGCGGAAAUGAUUAAACAUCCUAUGGAUCUUGGGACUAUGUCUACGAAAGUUGCCAGGGGAAAGUAUCGCUCAUUGGAAGAGUUUACAACAGACUUUCGCCUAGUCGUCACCAAUGCCAAAAUGUUCAAUCCUCCAGGAACGAUCUAUCACACGGAAGCUGAUCGCCUUGAAGUAUGGGGACUUGACCAUAUCGCCAAGGCAUCUGCGCAUGUUAUUGAAUACGAGACGGAUUGGAACAUCGAUGUAGAGCAGGACGAGGAUGCUGCUUUGAAUAUUGAUGAGGAUGAGGAUCAUGUCACAUCGUCCACUCCGAGAGAGAUUGAGGGGAGCCAAGUUGCCGCGUCACCCGCCCCUUCUUCCGUUCCCCAACAGUAUAUGAAGCGUGGGCCUCGAGGACCUUACAAAAAGGGUACAUCAAUGGGCAUCUCUGAGGGCAUUGAUGCAGAAGGGAGACUUCCUGGCUCCAAGGAUGGUGUUGGAGCAUUUCCCCCUGGUUCUGACUGGGCAGAAAUGAUGAUUGCGUUGAAAAUAAAAGGCAAACGUUAUAGAACUAAGAAAGAACGGCUGAGAAUUGAGAAGGAGGGCCUGCCCCAUCUUCAUGACGGUAGUCUCGACUACACAGAGAUGGAAGAUCCGUUUUCUCUACUCAACGUCUUAGUGCCCGAACCGCUAUCUAAACCCCAACUUAAUCCACUUUACCCUUCUCCUCAAGUAAAUAAUACGGCGCAACCCCUCUUUCCAGGGCCGGUUAAUGUGCCUUCCACACGUCCCCCUCUAACACUGGCCACUCUUGCGGCCUCGACCUCGCAAUCCACACCACGGCGCAGGCAUUGGACAAUCGUCCGCAAUGCCUCAACACGGGCAAAACUGAAAGAGAAAGAGGACGACGAGCCUCAGUCAAUAGAAUUUCUACGCGAUCCAUUUCCAUCUGACUUUGGUUCUUUUGCGGCGUUUGGGGCAGAGUUAGGUGCGUCGGCAUGUUCUGAAGAGAAACUGGCUACGUCUAUACGAGCCAGCAUUGAGAACCGCCCCAUCAAAAGAAGCUUGAAAGCGGGGGUUGACAGUGAGUACUGGACGGAUGAGAAAGCCGAGGAGGCAUGGGACUACAUACGGGAUGUGGUAUACGGUGGAGUUAAUGGCUUCGCCUACGUUAGAAGCAUAGCCGAGUUUGUACGCCCGCCAGAAGAGAUUUCUCAUCACACAGAGCAUACCCACCCCCUUGGCACGUCCGUGGCUCGAUAUGUGGAGCAACAUCUGGUUGACGUCGUCACUCGCGGCCGGCACGAGUUGCUCUGUACCACAGCGGCGUACCUGCACUCAAUCUUGAAAGAGCCUCUGUCACCAACGAUGGAAGCACAAAUAGCAGCCAGCCUCACAUUCCGACCAACGGUGUUCCGUCUGAUACAGGCUUUACAACACGAGCAGUUAGACAUGGCAGCGCUCAUCCGAUCUCCGGAUGAGUUGGAGAAAGCUGGCUUAGGUGAACUUGGAAUUCCCGAGGGUCCUGCAGUUUUGGAACAGGCAUUGGAGUGUGCCGUUCAAGCGCUAGAAGAGCUCGACCGGAAGGUGCAGCAAAAUGACAGGGUAAAGGUAGAGGACGAUGCGAUGGAUGUGGAUAAGGCAGAGGAGGACCCUGUAGCUAAGAAGCUGAGGUUGACGUUGUUGGCUCUUGCGAAACGCGCCCCACUUGACAAGAUCGCGCCUUUACCUGCCGCGCUUGUUCCAGCUCAUAUCCGGAAGAUUGUGCCGACUAUUUAAGGACGCUGUUCCUUAUUUGUUGCAGACAAUCUUGGGAUUGGACUGCAUUAGAUUAUACUAUACGUGUAAGCAUGGCAGUAGAAGUAAUAUACUGAGAUUAGACUUCUUGCGACAAAUUUGGAUAUGCGCAGUCUCUCACCA